AAAAAAAAAAAAAGGAGAAUAGAGCAGAGAAAUCGAGGCGAUUAAUUUUGGUAGCAAAUCAAUCUCAGUCGUCGUCUCAUCACAAUCAUCUUCUUCUUCUUCUUAUUUUCUUCGUCGGCAACGUUCUUUUGUCUUCUCGUGCUGCUCCAUAAUAAUUUGAUCUUAUCGCUACACGCAGAUCUCAUCUCCUAUUAACUCUGAGUGAGUAGUAACCUCCCUCCGUCUCUUCCGUCAACGAUCGUUCCCUUUCUUCUAUCAUUUGACCAAAAUGGCUGACAAAGAUGAUGCAUCUACGCGUGCUAAUAAUGAUUGGGAAGUUGUUUCCCUUACUGCUUCUGCUUACGCUGCUUCUCCUGGUCCCAAACCACUCGACCUGAAACAUGAGGAUGAUGUCAACAAGGAUGCACUUACUCCUCCUCCUCUUCACGAAUCAGCUCAGACUUCUCAUCCUUUGUACAUGUCUCGCCACUUUGUUUUCCCUCCUACUCCUACUUCUUCUGUUGAUGAUGUGCUUCAGACGGAUACUACUACUAGUGACCUGCUUACCGAAGGUCCUAGUAAGAAGUUGGAUUUUGGAUUCUCUGUGGAGCAAGAAACCGGGUCUGCUCUCAAGAAAGAUGGUGGGGAUUUGAGUCUCAAGGGCUUGGAUUUAUCUGAUAAUGAUUUUGCAGGACUUGACUUUUCCGAGGAUAAAGGAGGCAAAACCCAUGACAACAACAACAUUUACAAGACAGCCAUGACUUCUCUCGACGAUGAAAGAGCUAUCUCUGGUUUUGAACAACAGAGUGAACCUGUUCAAGAACCGACUGAGCCAUCCGCCUCCGCCUCCUCUCCAUCUGAUGAUGUUUCAUCAUCCGAUCUUAAUCCUACUACUAAAGAUGACAAGAAUGAUGAUGAUGUCCCACCUUGCCAAGCCUGGUGGAAAAGAAGCGCUGCGUCUCUGAUUGCGCAAGCUAAAGAAACCAACACUGUUUGGUCCAUCUUCAUUGCUGCAGCUGUCAUGGGAGUUGUGAUUCUUGGCCAACAUUGGCAACAAGAGAGGUGGCAGAUUUUGCAGCUCAAGUGGGAAUCUACCAUUGGAAACGAGAAAGCUGGAAGAUUGAUGGGGCCGAUCUCUCGACUGAAACAAGCAUUUGUCGGAGGAGGACAGCGAAGGGAUUCAUUCAUCCGAGCCAGCUCCCAUAACGACAGUUAAAA